AUGAAAGGGUUUCCUAAUUACCUUGUAGCUUUGGCACUCAUGGCUUUGGCAUGUUCCAUUGCCUCUGCCUAUGACCCGGCUCCUCUGCAAGACUUUUGUGUUGCAGCUAACUCUUCCACUGAUGCUGUAUUUGUGAAUGGAAAGUUCUGCAAGGACCCAAAGCUUGUCACGGCCAAUGAUUUCUUCUUUCAAGGUCUAAACAUUCCUAGAAGCACUACAAAUCAACAAGGGUUGAAUAUUGUCACUGUUUUGACUGUAGACAAAAUACAAGGCCUUAAUACAUUAGGCGUAUCCUUGGCUCGCAUUGACUUUGCACCAAAUGGCUUGAAUCCUCCCCAUAUUCACCCUCAUGCCACUGAGAUAUUUGUAGUCGUAAAGGGUACCCUGUAUGUUGGCUUUGUUACAUCCAACCCAAAUAACCGCCUUUUCACGAAGGUUUUAAAUGCGGGAGACAUCUUCGUGUUCCCAAUUGGUCUCAUUCACUUCCAGUUCAAUGUAGGAAGUACUGACGCUCUUGCCUUUUUCGGUCUUGGUAGCCAGAAUCCAGGUCGUAUUACCAUAGCAGACACAAUAUUUGGAUCUAAUCUUCUCAUCAAUGCUGAUGUUCUCACCAAAGCCUUCCAAUUGGACAAGAAUGUGGUUAACUAUCUUCAAAAACAGUUUUCUUCCAACAACAUUUAG